UUAAUUUUUCUCUGUAGCUUAAGCUUACACAAUGUUAUUUGUCAUUGUAAGACUUGUUUUUACAACCCCCUUUAUGUCACUGCUUAGAGAGUUGGGUUUAGACAGGGAAAUAAUUAAAACACGUUGGAUAAAAGAAAAUAACGCAGUUUAUAAUCAUUUAAAGUGUCUUGCUGUUUUUACGGCUGUGGUUAGUGACCCAAAUGAUCACAUCCCUUAAGUCGUCCAUCUCAGACACCCAGGUACUGACCCUGAGAUUGUUGAACUCAGCACUAUGCUGAGUUUGCUGUUUGUCGGGUGUCAGUAGGGAAUAGCCCAUUUCUACCCAGGGAGAGUUUUGUAUUUGUAAUACAGAGACUAGUCCCAUUCUUGUUUCUUAAAACUGCCCAAGUUCCCAGAUCCCUGAAUUGCUUCAGCCUCACUAGGAGGAUCUGAGCACAGCAUGCUGUGAAAAACAGCUUUUUAUUGAGAAUAAACCCUUUUAGUCUUCAAAGGAAGUAUCUUGGUUCCGACAUAACUUGAAGCUUUUACCUGAGCAGUGUUACGGAGGGUAACUUAAUCCUGUCAAGGUAACAGGCCCCGCCCCCGUCCGCGCCCCGCCCCUCCCACGAGCAGUGCGCGCAGCGGGUGCUCGCCCCGCCCCUCGUCGGAAGCCGCGGCUCUAAUACCAAAAGCCCUUUCACACAGACCCGGAAGUUGGACAGCGCGGAGCCGAGGUCCCCGAGCGGCGCCUAAGGUUCCUUCUAGGAUUCAUUCCUUGCCUGAGUGCUUUCUUCCCUUCAUCUCGUACAUUUGAAAUUUUCUUUGGAACGACUGACCUCUGAGGAUGUGGCCAUCGAAUUCACGCAGGAGGAGUGGGAAUUCCUGGACCCUGCUCAGAGGGCCUUGUACAGGGAUGUGAUGCUGGAGACCUACAGGAACCUGCUGUCUGUGGAUAUCUCUCCUACACUUGUGAUCAACCAUUUACAACCCAAAGCGAACAGUGAUAAUAAACGAGAACGAUUCCAAAGAUUGAUUCUGGGAAGAUCUGAAAGCUGUGAAAUCAAACAUUUUCAUCUUUUGGAAAGUCAGGAAAAUAUGUGUGACUUUGAGAGUCAGGGGAGAGAUGACAAAAGAAAUCACAAAGGAACACCUGUAAGCCUUGAUGGAAAUGUGCCUGAUGGAAGAGAUUCACAUGAUAGAAAGGAUGCAGGAAUCAAGCCCUUUGGAAACAGGCUUGGAUUUAACUUUCAGGAUAAACUGCAGAUAUUUCAAACUGGCGGGAUAAUUUCUGAAUAUAAUGAAGUUGAGAGGUCUGUCAACAACAGUUUCUCAUUCUCACCACUUCAAAGAAUUCCUCCUUGUGUCCAAACCAGUGUUUCUAAUGUAUAUGGGGAUGAUUUUAUGAAUCCUUCAGUAAUAACACAAGACCUCAAAGCACACAGGGAAAAACCUUACAAAUGUGAUGAGUGUGGUAAAGCCUAUCUUAAGGGCUCAUACCUCAUUAAACAUCAGGCCAUCCAUAUAAGAGAGGAAUCACAUAAAUGUGAAGUAUGUGACAAAUUGUUUGAUCAAAGUUCACAGCUUGCACGUCAUUUGAAAAUUCAUUCUGAAGUGAAAUGUUACAAAUGUAAUGAGUGUGGCAAAACCUUUACUGACAGCUCAAACCUCAGGAGACAUCAGAAAAUUCAUACAGGAAAGAAAUUGUUUAAAUGUGAUAUAUGUGACAAAGUCUUCAGCCGAAAUGCUCACCUUGCUGGUCAUCAGAGGGUUCAUACUGGAGAGAAACCUUACAAAUGUAAUGAGUGUGGCAAGCACUUCAGUCAACCUUCACAGUUUAUAAGUCAUAAGAGGUUUCAUACUGGAGAGAAACCUUACAAGUGUGAUGAGUGUGGCAAGGCCUUUCGUGUAAAGUCAAUCCUUUUAAGUCAUCAGACGGUUCAUACUGGUGAGAGACCUUACAAAUGUGAUGAGUGUGGAAAAGUCUUCGGUCAAAAACCACAUCUUCGACUUCAUUGGAGAAUUCAUACUGGAGAGAGACCUUUCAAAUGUAAUGAGUGUGGCAAGUUCUUCAGUCGAAAUUCACACCUUACAAGUCAUCGGAGAAUACAUAUAGAGAAACCUUUCAAAUGUUUCGAGUGUGGAAAAUCCUUCACUCAGGUCUCAGCACUCACUAAACAUCAGAAAAUCCAUACAUGAGAGAAACUUAUGUGAAUGUGGUAUAUGGUAGAAGUCUUCAAAGUUCAAAUUUCACACCCUACUGUUGGUCAGAGAAUUCAUACUACUGAGGAAUGAUACAAAUAUGAGUGUGGCGACAUCUUAGCUUGAUGAGAAAAUUCAUGCUGGAUAGAAGCCAGAUAUAUACGUAUUUAUUAGUCAGGUCUUUAGAACAUGAAUUCAUUAUAGAAAGAUUCCUCACCAGUUUCACAAAUGUGAAAAAAAGAAAAACCCUAUCCUCACAUCUCACAUCUCGCCAGUAGUAUCAGAGUAUUUAUCCUGGAGAAAACACACAGCAGUGUAAUGUGUGUGGCAGGGAUCUUACCCCAAAGUCACAAGAUAGGAACAUAAUGGAGCCAUACUUCCCAGGCUCAGUGGUUGUGGCAAAUCCUUUACCUUUUUCACUAUAUGUAUUCUCUGAUGACUUCAGUUCAGAUACUCAGCAACUGCAGUAAGUCCAUAUUUGAAGAGAAGCUAUAGAGAUCUUUUCAUGUGAAAGAAACCCGAAUUCUAACUCAGCAAAGUUGAUUCUUUGGGACAGUAGUCCACCAUCGUUUUGGUGUCUGGGCUUUCUGAAUAAAGUCACUAUUCCUUGCCCAA